CUCAAAUCCUUACGUUUCAGUUUCGUUUUGAUCUCGACGGAGAAACUGAUCAACAGAACUCCAGCGACCUGCUGCAGGUUACCAGCACACCUUUAUGUCCAUAACUGCAGAGGCUUUACAGACUAAAAAGUCCCCCGCAGUCUUUCCUCGCCAUCAUGCCCGUCGUUACCUCCAGCCUGUCUGAAGAUCAGCAGAAGGACCUGCUCUCUCUCCUGGGUCACGUCAGGCUGCACCUCCUCUACAAAGCCAGCGUCCACGGCUUCACCGCUUUGGCUUUCCACAGCCGCUGUGACUGGCAGGGCCCCACCGUCAUCGCGGCCUACAACGCCGCUGGGUUCGUCUUCGGGGCCCACACCUCUCAGGACUACACCCAGAGCGGAGUGGAGGUCUGCGAUGAGAAGGCCUUCCUCUACAGCAUCCAAGCAGGAGGAAACACACCACUGAGGGUGGCGGGUAUCCACACAAAGUGUGCUUUUAACGAUAAUAACGCCGGUCCGGAUUUCGGGGCCUUGGUGUUCCUGCAUGAGAACGCCGCUAAGAUCCAGUCCAACCCAGGGGGGAACUUCACCUUUCAGCCUGCGGAGAUGCACGGAGAAGACGUGGCACUGACUGAGUUUGAGGUGUAUCGCGUUGAAGGCUUGGGAGAUCUCCUGGCCAAACCCUGGAGGAACAUUCGCUGGAACGAGGAGAGAAGGCAGCAGCUGAUGAAGUCCAUUAUAAGCUACAAGCCUGAGGUUAAAAGCGUCCAACAAGCCCGGGUGGUGUUGGUGGGGCCCGUCGGGGCCGGCAAGUCCACCUUCUUCAACUCCGUCAACUCCAUGUUUCGAGGCAACAUGACAUCCCAGGCCAUCGCUGGCACGGCGGGGAAGAGCGUGACCACUCAGUUCCGCGCCUACAAUAUCAAGGCCGGGAAAGGCGGAGGCGUGGUUCCUCUGAUCCUGUGUGACACGAUGGGGCUGGAGGAAAACGCCGAGGUCGGUUUGGACAUCGAGGACCUGAUCCACAUCCUCAAGGGUAACGUGAAGGAUCGCUACCUGUUGAAUCCCUUGACGCCAAUCCAGGGCGAAACUCCCGGCUUCAAGAAGCAAGCGACUCUGAACGACGUGAUCCACUGUGUGGUCUAUGUGGUCGACACCUGCAAGGUCUCCCUCCUCAGCCAAAAGAUGCUGGACAAGUUCGCUAGCAUCCGGAAAAAGACCAACCACCUGGGAAUUCCUCAGAUUCUGCUGAUGACCAAAGUGGACGAGGCCUGCCCGCUGGCGGCGGAAGACUUGCAAAAUGUCUAUCGCAGCGUUUACCUCCAGAGGAAGGCCCGGGAGUUGAGCGAGUCCUUCGGCAUCCCCUUGUCCUGUGUGCUGCUGGUGAAGAGCUACAGCGCGGAGCUGGAGCUGGACCGGGACGUCGACAUCCUGCUGUUGACCGCCGUCGAUCAGAUGCUGAACUACACGGACAGCUUCUUCGAGAACCAGGUGAUCGAGGAGGACCGCGAGGCCAUCGAUCUCUACUCCUCGGUUCCGUCGCAGCAAAGCAAAACGUCACGGGUUAAUUAAAACUUAUGAGUCGGUUGGUCCAAUAUAUUCAAAGACAUGGUUGUUUAAAAGUUUAUCCUUUGAUAUGUUAACAACUAAAACCAUGGAAAUGUGCUGGUUUCAUACUUUUUGCUGUAUUUUGGGUAAAUUGACUCUUGUGUCAAGUUCAGUUUGAACUACUUUUUUUGUUCACUGUUUGUGGAACAUAUUGAUUUUCUGUUGGCGAUGCAUUUUCCUUUUUUCUUUCAUCAGUCGCAACAUGGAAAUAAACGGAUACAAGUCA